UUAAAUAGGUCACAAAUCCAGGCACUCCUUCCGAAUCUUCAGUUUACUGGCUGCUCUGCUGGCUCCCUACUCGACGGCUGCAUUCUAUUAAUCGAAUCGGCUGCGCUGCAGAAGCCCUUUGGACCGCUCACGAGUUGCGACUGCUGUGGCGUACAAGGCGGUCGCAAUUCACUUAACCCUUUUUUGUACCUCAUCGUGUCUGUGCUGCUUCAACUUCAUUAAAAGCCUGUCUGCGUUAACUGGACUUACAACGCUCUCAUGGCGCUGCCCAUCUUUCUCAGUUUAUGUUUCUUGGCCCUGGUCAAGAGCCAGCCGUCGCCUGAUGUCCAGGCGAGAAUUUCAAAGGCCAUCGCUGAUGCAGCCUCCUCACCAAAGCCCGACUAUGCCUCGAUCGUGAAUCCUUUCAUUGGCACAGACAACGAAGGCGACGUUUGUCCAGGAGCGUCUAUUCCCUUUGGCAUGGCCAAAAUCACGACCGAUAUGACGGGAUAUGCCCCUGCUGGCUACAUUACGGACGUUACCCAACAAAUUAAAGGUUUCAGUCCCCUUCACGACAGCGGUACCGGCGCAUCCGGUGACUAUGGCCUAUUCGAAGUCAUGCCAAUGCUCUGUCCCGGUGGUUUCCAGACCUGUACAACUCACUUUGACAAAAGGUUGCGGUCGCGUAAACCUAAUACUGAUGACGCUACUCCUGGUUACUUUGCUUUGACGUUGGAUAACAACAUCACUAUGGAAGCAACAGCCACUCGACGAGCUGGAUUGGAGAGGUUCAGAUUCCCGUCUGGAUCCAAGCCAUACUUUGUUAUUGACCUAGCGAACGAUAAUGCCGGAACGUUCGCGGGUGGGUCCAUGGAUAUUGAUCCUAAGAAAGGGCGCAUUACGAUUGGCGGACAUUGGGGCCCAAGUUUUGGCCCUUCACGAUUUAACUACCAAGCAUUUGCCUGCUACGACAUACUUGACGGGGGUAAACAGAAGCUGGACGAGUAUGGCAUCUGGACAGCGGAUGAUUACGGUAUGGAUGCGAAAGGUCUCGGUCAGACCCACCUCAAUCUCUCUGUGAACCUCAUUGGCGGUUCCAUUUAUCAAUCCGGUGCACUUUUCUCAUUUGCCGACACCCCGGAGGAGAUACACUUCCGUGUAGGCGUGUCGUUCGUGUCUACAGAGCAGGCGUGUGCCAAUGCCGAAUCCGAGAUUGGUUCAUCCUCUUUUGAAGACAUCCUUGCACGGGCAAAGAUGUUGUGGAAUGAGAAGUUGAGCAAAGUCGAAAUCGACAUUGCGAACACCCCAGCGAAUAUCACUGAAAUGCUGUACUCUUCACUCUAUCGGGCUUCUUUGACUCCGAACAACGCAACCGGAGAAGGACAGGGCUUGUUUACCGAUACCUCAUCUUAUUACUUCGAUUCCUUGUACUGCAGCUGGGAUACUUUCCGAACGUUUUACCCCCUGUUGGCGCUUCACUCGCCCGUGGAAUACGCGCAUAUUGUAGAUACCUAUAUCGAUGGCUGGCGCAAGAAUGGAUGGAUGCCCGAAUGCCGCACGAACAACGUCCCAGGAUACACUCAAGGCGGCUCUAGUGGCGACGUUAUCGUCUCCCACUUCGCUAUGAGCUACCACAAUGAAGCGAAAGAUCUGGGGAUUGAUUUGAAUGAACUAUUCGCGGCUGCGCUUACAGAUGGUGAUCUCAAUCCUCCGGAGUGGAAUAUCCAAGGGCGACAAGUGAACGUAUACAAGCAAUAUGGAUACGUUCCUUUCGGUGUCCUUGAUCCAUCUAGUACCGGUCGGCAAACAAGAGAGGCAAGCAGAACACUCGAGUACGCCUUCGAAGAUUUCGGCAUACGUCAAGUAGCUCUCCUGUUGGGGAAUUCCGAGGAAGAAGAACGAUACUACAACCGCUCACUGUUCUACCGCAACAUUUGGGACCCUACGGUUACAAGCGAUGGCUUCACAGGGUUCAUGCAGAAGCGUGCAAUGAAUGGAACCUUCAUUUACAGUGAUCCUAUUAAUUGUUCCCCGAAGAAUGUUGGAUCGCGGUCGUGUUCCCUGGAACAGGACAAUGUCAACGGUUUCUACGAAUCUUCUUCUUGGGAGUACAGUUGGUUUGUGCCCCAUGACACUGCCUAUUUAGUAGGCCUCAUGGGCGGAAACGAAACCUUCCUAAGUCGUCUCGAUCACUUCUUUGAUGGUGGCUACUACCUUGCUGGCAACGAACCAUCGUUCCAGACACCCAUUGGUUACCACUAUGCUGAUAAACCAGCCCAAUCCGUUGAUCGAGUGCGACAAGUCGUUUUCCAAAACUUCGGGAUCACUGCGGCCGGUUUACCGGGCAAUGACGACCAAGCAGCUAUGGCCUCUUUAUUGACAUUCCAUCUUCUCGGCCUUUAUCCGGUCCCAUCCACGACUGAAUUUCUCGUCCUCUCGCCGUUCAUUCCCAAGUAUACCAUUCACAACUCAUACCUUAACACCAGCACCACGGUUACUGUAGUCAACUAUGACGCCAACUCUGUGCAGGAGACCAUUCCUUCUGGCGUCCCUGCGUAUGUGGCGAAUGUCACUGUGAACGGAGAAGCAACCACGAGGUGUCAUUUCGACUUCUUCGACACGUUUAGAGUUGGUGGCGACAUAGUCAUCACUCUAACAGCGGAUAAGGACAGCGCAAACAGUUGCGAGGGUUCCCUACCCGCUAGUCUUUCCGCUGGAGGGUUCGGUAAGCCGAGAUAAUUCCCUCCCUUCGUCCAGGGUUGGUGCAUAUCUCCAUUUGUUAACUUCUCCCUUACGAUUUUAAAUGAGUGAGGUUUGGAUUUGCGUCGGA